AUGAUUUUCCGUCACGGCAACUUCGAGCACCUCCGACCCUGCGUGCCCACCUCGCUCAAUCUUUCCUUUCUAAGCUCGGAAGACAAUCCAAUCCACCCCCAUAGCCCUGCUGCUUUGACACGAGCGAGUCCAAUCAAAAUGGACUUCCGUCUCCUGGCCCGCAGCCUCCGCGCCAGGCCAACACCAUGGCUCCAACAGCAGACCCAGCUACACCGCGUCUCCCUCGCGAACGGAGUGCGCUAUAAUUCCUCCACCUCAUCACCCAGAACACCCUUCAAACCCACAUCUCCCACCGACCAGCCUACCACAGCCCCCGAGGCCGCUCAGAAAGCCCAAAAGCCGACCUCCGACGCCAACGAGCCAAGCACAGCCGCCCCCGAGGCCGCAAAGCCAGCCCGCAAGCCAGUCUCCGACUUCGACGACAUCCUCAGCAGACUCGAUCUCAACAAGCCCCGAGAAGCACCCAGCAGCCAGCGCCGGAUCUUCUCAGACUCGCUUUCUCGGGCUGUCGGCGAAGGCGCACAGAGCAGCUACCGGGCACGGUCGAGGGCGCCUCUGCCUGCGCGCAAGGUCGAGCUUAAGCUCGGACCGACGCUUGGUCGUCAGGUUCACGUUGAGCCUGAGCGUGGUACUGAUCUGGGCGGUGCGCUGCGCAAGCUUCAGGCUACUAUUUCGCAGAAUCGCGUGAAGCAUGAUGCUUUUGAUCAGAAGUUCCAUGUGAGGAAGGGUAUGGUGCGCAAGCAGAAGAAGAUGGAGCGGUGGAAGAAGCUGUUCAAGUUCUCGUUCCAGGGGACUGUGCAGAAGAUCCAGCGUAUGCAGGCGCAGGGUUGGUAG